UUUGUUGAAAGUUGUACAGCGUUGUAACAAACAAAAUUUGGGUUCGUUUCAAAAAUGGUGGCAAGUUUCAGUGAUUUGGGGAAAUCCGCACGCGAUAUAUUUGACAAAAACUUCAGUUUUGGGUUUCUUAACUUCGAGUUCAAGAACAAGACUGUAAAUGAUAUCUCUAUUACAUGUGGUGGAAAACACGACACAAACGCUGACAGAGUUUCGGGUUUCUUAGAGUCGAAGCUAAAAGCUGCUCCAGGAGUCCAUGUGAAGACAAGAGUUGAUUCUAAAUGGUUUAUGACAAGUGAAGUAGAAAUUGAAAAAAAGGUGCACGAAGGCCUAUCACAUAAUGUGAUAACUACGAUGGAUCCUGAUUCAGGAGCCAAGUCAUUGCUACUAAAAAAUAAAUUCAAGCAUGAGUAUUUCAAUGCCAAUCUAGAUAUGAGUUUCAAGUCAAAGUAUCCUCUGAUCACCGGAUCGCUCGUAUUACCUAUCCCUCAUUACCCUGCAUUUCGCAUUGGCGCACAAGCUGUUCUUGACAGUGAAAAGUCUGAAAUCAACAAACAAGUUUAUGCAAUUAACUAUAAGCAAUCUGACGUCCAAGUCCAUGCUACACUUACUGGGCAUUCAAAUGUUGACUUGAGCGUCUUUCAAAAGUUCAAAGACACGAAGCUAGGUUUCCGUGUUGGUUGGCGACCGGACACUCGUGAAACAUCGUUCGGUGCGGCUCUUCGUUAUCGAACGACUCCUACGGGAAAAUUCAAAGUUAAGAUAGACCAGAAUUGCGUCAUUGGAGUGGCUUACAAGCUUAAAUUAAACUCGGAUGCAAGUUUGGCACUCUGUACUCAAUUUGAUGGCAAGAAUUUGGAGAAUGGAGGUCAAAAAUAUGGCAUCAUGUUCAAGUUUGGAUCGUAAUCUAGAUAUGGAUAUCUAUUGAAUGAAUCCCUAGGUUUCAUUAUACUUAGACCGGUGCUUGCACCCCUUGUUAGAUUUGAACAGUGUCUUAAUAAUACUUGUAAAUCGAUC